CCGCGCAGAGCAAGAUAUGCAAAACAUCUCAGCUCCAAGCCGAGAACGCUUCAAGAGACCUUGGUCGCCGCGUGUCGGACCAUCGCCUUACAUGAAGAAGAUGCCGGGCUUGCAGGCCAGAUAUCUGCACGGUCGGACAGCCCAGGUUGUUACUGGACUUUGAAGUUCGGCCUUGGUUUUGAGGAAGCCACUUCGGACGAUUUUGUCGAAGCCGACAAAGACUUGAACACGACAUCAGGGAAUGGCAUGGCCAACCCAGCCACACGAUUCCAUCUUUGGAUCUAUGCCGCCAGACCGGACGUCAACAGCAUCGCUCACACCCAUUCGCCCUUAGGUUCAGCACUCGCAGCGGCGGGCAAGCCUCUGAUUCCAUGUCAGAUGGACAUGACGCCAUUAUAGGACGACUGCGCCUUCUUCGGAAGAUGGUUUGGUCUUCUUAUUCCUGACCAAGGGGGUGUCAUCAUUCGCAAUGCUCUGGGAGACAACAAGUCGAUUUUGUUAAGAAAUCACGGCCAACUGACCGCGGGUGUGUCAGUGGAGGAGGCCACCUAUUUGUCCGUCUAUCUCGAACGUGCCGCUGGUACGCAGCUG